AUGGCUACCGCCGCUACAUCUCUUGCUGAUUUUCAUCAAAUGAUUAAAUUAUUUGGUACUGAUACAGAUGAAAUGACUAGUGGAACAACAGCAACGACAACAACAUCAUCAUCAACCGCAGCAGCAUUUGUAUCAACUGAUGAUCUUGAAGAUGACGAAGAAGAUGAUGAUGAUAAUGAUCAUGAAUUACAACUCGAUGAAGAAUCACCAAAUUCAAGUGGUGGUGAAGAAGAAAUAAUGUCACAUUCAUCCAUUGCAACAUCAUCAAUUCAAAUAAAUAAAGAUGAACAAUUAUCAACAAAACCUAUAUCAUCAGCAGCUGCUGCUGCACGUUUAUCACGUUUAGCAAAUCAACGUAUUGAUUCGAAUCGUUUUUUAAUAUGUUCAGGAACAAAUUCAUAUAAUACAAUACGUAAAACAAAACAUGAAGUAAGACGUUUUGCAUUAUAUUUAGAAGAUACAUUCGGUGAAACUUGUCCAAUUGAUGAAUUAAAAGCAGAACAAUUAUGCACUUAUUUAAAACAUUAUUUUGGUAAUGUACGUAAAGCUGAUAAUACGGAAUAUGAACCUGAUACAUUAAGAAGUUUUAUGUUAUCUAUUGAACGUUAUUUAAAAUCUCGAAAAUAUCCAUGUAAUAUACUUGAAUCACCUGUUUUUGCUCCAUGUCGAGAAGUUAUACAAGAAAAACGUGAUACUUGGGCAAAACCAAAUAAAAGUGUGUGCAAUUCUAAAGUCGAAGCAUUUACAUCUCAUCAUGAAACAUUAUUACGUAAAAUGAAUAUUAUAACACGUGAUACACCAGAUGGUUUAUUACUUGAAUUAUUAAUUAAUAAUUCAAAAUAUUUUGAUCAACGUGGUUAUGAAUCAACAAUAAAUCGUUCAUUAUUAUGGGGUGAUUUAGAAAUAAAAACUGAUUCAACAACAUCAAAUGAAUAUAUUGAAUAUAAACGAACACCACAAAUAUCAUCAACAAAUAAAGAUUCAACAGCAGCAACAACAACAACAACAACAAAUGAAAUUUCAACAACAAAUUUACGUGCUUAUGCAAUACCAUCACAUCCGAAUGAAUGUCCUGUUGUUGGUUUACGUCUUUUAUCCUAUCAUCGUCCACCACAAUGUUCAAAUGCAGAUGCACCAUUUUAUCUUGUACCACGUACAUCAGCUGAUCAACGCGUUUGGUAUAAAACAAUACGUGCUGGUCGUCAUCGACUUGAUUUAUUAUUACAACAAGCUAUGCAAAAAGCUGGUAUUAAUGGAAAAUUUUCAUGUAUGAGUUUACGUAAAGGAAAAAUAAAAGGUUUAUUAGUUCCAACUACAACUUCAAAUAUUGCUUCCAUCAUAAAUUCAGAUAAUUCAUCGUCUUCAUCAUCACCAUCAACGGAUGAUAGAUCAAAAAUUAAUUCAACGUCACCAUUAUCUAUAUCUGAACAGCAAUCAUUAUUAAUAUCAAAUAAUCAUAAACGAUCAACAAGCUCAACAUCAAAUUCUAAUUGUUCAGAAUUACUUGAUUUAUCAUCACAUAAUAAUAAUCAUAAUAAUCAUAAUCAUAGUAAUAAUAAUACUGUUAUUAAUUUAGCCAAAAGGAUCAAACGAGAAUCAACACCACCAUCAAUUUUAUUACCUAUGCCAUCAUCGGCAUUGAAUAAUGGUACGAAUUCCAAUCAUCAACAUUUAACAUCAAUGCUUCCACUUCAACAAAAAUCACAAAAUCAUCCACAACGUCCACUUGUUACCGUUGAUGAUUUACCAGCAUUAGUUGUUCAAACACCAACAUCCGUAUCAUUAUCACCGAAUAGUAAUAAUAAUAAUAAUAAUAACAACAAUAAUAAUAAUAAUAAUAAUACGACUAGCAAACGUAAAUUAACAUCACAUGAUACAUUCACAGCACUCUAUUCUGCAGCACAUUCCAAAUCAUCAAGACAAUCAAAAAUGAAUGUUUUACGUAAAUAUCUUGAAGAAACACUUGGUCUUGUUGAAUUUCUUACAUUAUAUGAAUAUUUACGACGUAAUUCACAUAUUAAAUUACAAGGUACACCUAUUGAACAUUAUGAACAUGUUUUACCUGUUUUACUCACAUUACUUAUGCUUGAAAAUACAGCAUAA